CACACCAUUGGACGGAGACUGCUCGUGGGCUUCGUUCCGAGCUUCUGCAUGGUGCUGCAAGCCGUGGAUCAUCUGGGGCGCCUCGUCGUCCAAGGCUCGGCGGGAGGAGGUCCCAGCGUGCGGGGUCGGUAGCUGCCACCACACGAAGAACAGGACCUGCCUCGUUGCGUCCUCACUGUCCCCGUCAACUGGAAGGACUGAACAGGACCUCUAUUACUUCUGGGACGACGAGAUGGGUACAGCUCAGAGCACAGUGGGGCACGCCACAGCGUCGUCGGGCAGCCCGGGACUGGCUGUGCCGGACAAGGGGUGCUCGAGCCCGUCUUUCCACCAGCAGCAGCCUCGGCUCAGCGUCGGUCGCCGGUCGUCCUCCGUGGCUCCGGGCGCCGUGCUCGCCAUGGAGCUGGAGAUAUCCAAGCUCAAGGCGUCCCUCGAGCGCCGCGACCGGGAAAUUGUGCGUCUGAACAGAGAAGUCCACAAGCUGCAGUCGGUGCUGCAGGCGACGUCCAAAGAUGGCCGUCCGGACCUGCUGGCCACCAUUCACCAGCACCACUCGAUGGCCGGCCAGAGCACCCUGCAGAAGAAGCAGGGCGUCUCGGGAGAGAGCGCCACCUGCCGCACCCUGGUGCUGGAAGUGGACGUAUCGCACCACCCCAAGGACUUCAGGUCAAAGCAACUGAUCAAGGACGCCAUCAUGGAGAACGACUUCCUGAAGAACCUGGACUCGUCGCAGGUGCGAGAGGUGGUGGACUGCAUGUACCCGCAAGUGUUCGACGCUGGCACGCUGGUCAUCCGGGAAGGGGACGUCGGCUCGCACCUCUACGUCUCCGCGGAGGGCGAGCUGGAGGUUGAAAAAGACGAUCAGGUGCUGGGCCGCAUGGGACCCGGCAAGGCGUUCGGAGAGUUGGCCAUACUCUACAACUGCACCCGCACGGCAAGCGUCAAAGCGGUGACGAAGGCCAAAGUGUGGGUGCUGGACCGACGCGUCUUCCAGGCGAUCAUGAUGAAAACCGGACUUCAGAGGCAGGAGGAGAACAUCCAAUUCCUCAGAAGCGUCCCUCUUCUGCAGACACUUUCCAACGAGAUCCUGGCCAAGAUGUCGGACGUACUCGAAGUGGAUUUCUACCCUCCUGGCGUCUACAUCAUCCGACAGGGCACUUCAGGGGAUACUUUCUUCAUAAUCAGCCACGGAAAUGUGAAGGUCACGCAGCGGAUCGAAGGCACCAACCAGGAGGAGCAGAUCCGUGUUCUUGGCCGGGGAGACUACUUCGGUGAGCAAGCGCUGCUGAGAGAAGACAAGCGGACUGCAAAUGUUGUCUCCCUGGAGCCCGGUGUUGAAUGUCUGGCCCUGGACCGAGAAUCCUUCAUCCAACUUAUCGGAGAUCUCAGAGAGCUCCAGGACAAACACUACGACGACAGACUCCAGCUAAGACCGCCACAGAGGAUCACAAGCAAAGCUCUGGAAGUGGACUCCGAGGUGAAGCCUAUUCAGCUGGACGAUCUCGAAGUGCUGGCCACACUUGGCGUUGGAGGCUUUGGCCGCGUUGAACUGGUGCAGUAUGUACAGGACCGCAGCCGGACGUUCGCGCUUAAGUGCCUGACCAAGAAGCAUAUCGUGGAAACGCAACAGCAGGAGCACGUGCUGAGCGAAAAGGCGCUCAUGAUGAGUUGCCGCCAUCCGUUCAUCUGUCGCAUGUACAAGACGUUCCGAGACGAGAAGUACGUCUACAUGCUCAUGGAGGCAUGCCUCGGCGGGGAGGUCUGGUCGCUGCUCAGGGACAGGGGAGCAUUUGACGAGAAUACGACGAGAUUUUACACGGGCUGCGUGCUGGAAGCUCUGCAGUAUCUCCAUGACAAAAACAUCGUCUACCGAGACCUCAAGCCGGAGAACAUGGUCUUGGACUCUACCGGAUACGCAAAACUGGUGGAUUUCGGAUUCUCGAAGCGCGUUCCAGCCGGCCAGAAGACGUGGACCUUCUGCGGCACGCCCGAGUACGUGGCCCCGGAGGUUGUGCUAAACAAGGGCCACGACCGCUCGGUGGACUUCUGGUCUGUGGGCGUGCUAAUGUUCGAGCUGCUCGCGGGCGCGCCGCCCUUUGCUGCCGACGACCCGAUGAAGACGUACAACAUCAUCCUGCGCGGGAUCGACAUGCUCGACUUCCCACGCACCAUGUCGCGCAACGCCGUGUCGCUCAUUAAGCGGCUCUGCCGCGAGAACCCAUCCGAACGGCUCGGCUACCAGAAGGGCGGCAUCAUGGACAUCAAGAAACACAAGUGGUUCCAGGGAUUUGACUGGGACGGAUUACAAGCGCGGACACUGCAGCCUCCCUUUGAACCCCAGAUCCGAGGACCCGCAGACAGCUCAAACUUUGAUGUUUACCCCCGAAACUUUGAAAUCCCACCUGAUGAAACCUCCGGAUGGGAUGAGGACUUUUAACGCGUGACAUUUCCCCACACCUCUUCUGAGCACCCGAUAAAGCCCAGUGCAGACAGAAGUGUUUCUUCAGGCGUGCCAAGCAAUGCAUCACCCGGAAACGUUGCGUCUUUGAGAGACCAUUAACACUCAAUCACACGACUGUCAACAAAAGAAGCAACGUUAUCGAGUGGCUGAACUCCUGCACAUACAUCUACUAGCUGUCGUUUUAUCUAUUUAUGUAUUUUUGUGUUUAUUAGUUCAACAGAGUUGUGCCUCAAAUGCGUGCGCACGUUCGUGAGUGGCAUUCCCGGAUGUAUUUGAUGCCAAAGCCAGUGCCCUUUGCAUAGGACUAUGAUUCACUUGGGACCCAAAGAGAUACCAUAUCGACUUGAAUGCCACGAAUGGGUUACUGUGCCAAGACAGCAAGCGGGAUCUACUUAGCCUCACAGGCUGCCAAAGGCAGCGGUUCUUGUGUCUUCGCAUGUGCGCUGAAUGCGGUACUUCAGUUUCAUAACAAGAAAUGAUGCCGUGAAAGCUAGUUAGAGCCUCUCUGUUGGUCAUAUCUUCAUGUCCUGCUUUUUUGCUCAAUAUUAUACGUGUUCCGUAGCGUAUAUCAGCGCACCAAAAAGUUUAUUUAUAGCUACAGUAAUACAGCUUAUUUUUUUUAAGCACUGGUAUUUCCUGUAGUGUAGGCACCGUCAGUGCCGUGAAAGUAAAGCGCUGUCAUGAUAUUAGCAGUUUUGUGCGUGACAUGGCAUAUACAAGUGUUUUGUGCUUGAUGCACGCUUCUUUCAUAUCCUGUAUGAAACGACCAACUAAAUGAAAGGCAGCAGCUGGCCGAUGCUGGUGGCUGGUGCCUGUACUCAAAACGUAUUGUGUGUGGUCACGUAGCAGGCAAUCACGCUGACCAUAAUAUUCGCAGCUGAUCGAUUUACACGUUACAAGAACAACACGUGCUCGAAGACGAUGGCAAUUGGUGCCUUGUUGUACGUACAAUAGGAAGUGCGGGUUUCGAAAACUCACCAAGCACGACUGUUACUAGUCUUCACAUUUGGCUGAGGUUAUCCUAUUCAUCACGGAUAUUACCAUAGACAUUACAUGACGCGCAGCAGUUUGAUAAUGAACAACUACUAGAGACAGUGCUCUAUACGGAACAAAGGCAACUACAACGAGUGCGCAUUUCGCAGUUUAAUGAUGUACGGUAACGUGUUCGCGACUAUUCUAGUUAUCUGUAUUCUCAUAAAUUGUCCCGUUAGCAGCAUUAAGGUCAACUCAAAUACAAUUGAACUGCUCGCCUUGCUCACAUUCGAACACUAAUGAGUCGUCACCUCAAAGGGAGUCAACACGAAGUGUAUGUGCUAUAAAUAUCGUUACCACAUAACUGCUACGCCAGAAUGUGUCCUCGAAGUCAAAAGAACAUGGUUAAUCACCGCAAAAAAAAAAAAAAAAUUCAGCACAACACCUGUCUGCAGUACUUUCGCUAGCACGAACAAACUUUGCCUCCUUAUUUUGUAACUCUGUCCACGUAUACUUCUUUACUUGACCACAACAACUAUAAGAGCACAAGAUGCACAUGUGGAACACUUGUGCGAGAAGCCAAGGUGACACAGUACGUUGGUUGUAUUGGUGAAAGACGUUAUAUGUGUGGAUAUUUUUUUCAAGGUUGUUUUGUUUGCACAAAUAAACUGGGAAAACCUGUCCU